AUGAAUCUCGAAGAAGUCAGCUUCGAUGGCAUAGCAUGCACUCCGGGCGCAGUGGACGCCGAAGGACCAGAGGUUGCAAAGAUCAAAGAUAUCUUUCGCCGCUACGACUUGAACCGGGAUGGCUCCAUCAGCCGCAUGGAGCUCUCAAAGGUGCUGAGGGCACUCUGCAAUUCGAUAUCAGAAGACGAAGUUAGCAGCUUAUUCGUCAAGAUGGACACCAACAAGGAUCAGAGGAUUCAAAUUGAGGAGUUCGUUGACUUCAUCUUCAGCUUUGCAGACAUGUCUGACCGCGCCGAGAUGAGCAUGCGAGAGAAAAACGAAGAGCUGCUGGAAGGCAAGCCUGAUCCAAAUGCAGACAGAUACAAGCCUGCCCCGGAUCCUGGGGGGCUGGAUCUCUCCGAGUGCGAGUUCGACCUGAAAGGCGAGGAGCCCGACCUUCCGGCUGUGGUCCGGAGCCUGCAGCUGCUCAACGCCCAGGCGCUGCGCGAGAUCUUCCAGAAAGCCGACAUGAACAAACGUGGAUUCCUGCGCUUGGCAGAUAUCAGGCGCAUUCUCUUCCCGGACUCUGCCGAGACCUUGGACAACGGUCUGGCAGUCGUGAAGGUCUUUGCUCAGAUGGACAAGAACAGCGACGGCAAGAUUCACUGUGGGGAAUUUGUGUCCUACAUCAUGAGUACGAAGCGUCGCCUCUCUGUGACGGCGUCGAGCGCUGACAAGCGCCAGAUCGCCGCAGCCUUCUCGGCCGCAGAUGCUGAUGCCAACGGCAGCAUCAGCAUGGAGGAGUUUGAGCACUUGUUCGGCGCAAAUACCGCCAGCGACCAACAAAUGUUGCAGAGUGCCUUCGAUGCCGUGGACAAGAACAAGGAUGGCACCGUGUCCAUGGUCGAGCUCGCAAAGGUUUAUGGCAAGGAGCUGGUGCAGGAGGCCAAAGGCUUAGAUGUCUCCGGCAGCAUGGACGCAGGAGACGACGAGAGCGAGGAGGAUGCCUGA